UCUGUCCCUUCUCCUUUGGCAACCAAUUCACUCAGCACAAUCUCAAACUCCUCGCACAUAUUCCGCAAAGCUGUCUCUUCGUAGCAGCACCAACCUGCCUCCCGAAUAUCCUGUUUCGCGUCCGGCGUAGACGGGUUGAGUGUUGUCUGGUAGCUGUGCCAAUUGGCGCUCGACCAUGAGCACCAUCUGAAGCUCAAACUCCUCUCCUUAAGCUCAAACUUAACGAACUCGAUGAUCGAUCCCGUUUGAUUUGCGCCGUAGCUGCACGACGUUCGACCAGAUAUGCCACCCGGGUUUCGUCGAUCCUCGAGCUGGAAGCGCAACCCGACCCAUAUCUUCAAAUUCAUUGCCGCAGCCUUCGUUCUCUUCUUCUACUUCAUAUUCACCGUCUUCGGAGAAAGUCCGCAUGCACCUCGCAAUGGUGCUAGGAUACAAUGGGACGGGUUCAUCAAUGGCACGGGUGUGGUGGAUGAACCGAGGGCGGCGCGAGUCGUUGAAGCCAUGAAACAUACAUUCUGGACGUACAAGGAGCACGCAUGGGGUGCUGAUAUGAUCCUACCAGUCUCUGGGCAUAAGAGCAAUAAACGAGGUGGUUGGGGUGCAACAAUAGUCGAUUCAGCAAGCACGUUGGCAAUCAUGGAACUAUGGGAAGAGCUGGAGCUUGCUGUGAACCACAUAAUCGAAGGAAUCGAUUUUACGAAAACCGACGACUUGGUGGAUCCUUUCGAGACUACCAUUCGUCAUCUCGGAGGAAUGGUGUCUGUGGUGGAUCUGUGGGACGCAGGCAUAAUACCUAAAAAGGUCAUUUCCAGAGAGAAACGCGACAAAAUAGUCAAACAAGCUGUGAUACUCGGCCAGAAAUUAGGACCAGCCUACGACUCCCCAACAGGCCUGCCCUGGCCACGGGUUGACUUCAUGACCAGCAAAGGAGUUCCAGAUCCUCGCCAGGAAGAGUUGCAAGAGGAUGGAAAACCUCGAUACGCGCAUCCCACCAUUGGUCCAGCCCGCGCAGGCUCAAACAUCCUCGAAAACCGCGUCCUCAGUCGCCUCACACACAACCCGAUCUACUUCCAGAACUCGACUCUCGCCUGCUACUACGAAUACCUCCUCAAAAUCACGCUUCUCACGCCACAAGACCGCUACACGCCAAUGUACAAGAAGCAAUGGGAGCGCGCCGUACACUCCCUGCGUGAUAACCUCGCCUCGCGCAACCGCCCCUCCGCCACAUACAUGACCCAACACCUUUUCCUCGGCAAGCGCGACGACGACCUCGACAUCAACACGCAAUCCCAGCUCGCCUGCUUCGCCGCCGGCAACAUCCUCCUCGGCGGCGCACACCUGCAAAAGCCCUCCUUCAUCGCCCUCGGCAAAGCCCUCGUCGAAGCAUGCCACCACACCUACGCAUCCACCCCAACCAGCAUCGGCCCCGAGAAAUGGGCCUGGAGCCCAAAAUUCGGCGUCCGCGACGCCACCGUCACCCCCGAGACUGAGCGCCAGCAGGCAGAGUGGGCAAACGCCGGCUUCUGGGCCAUCAACCCAUCCUUCCGCCUGCGGCCCGAAUACGUCGAGAGUCUGUUCUACGCAUGGCGCAUCACCGGCGAGGCGCGCUAUCGCGAGUGGGCGUGGGACGCCUUCGUUGCUAUCGAGACGCAUUGUAAAGCGCGCUACGGAUACGCAGGCUUGAAGGACGUCAUGGUUGCUUCGUCUGCGGACGGCGCGCGCGACGAGGCGCAGAUGGACGAGAGCGAGAGCUUCUGGCAUGCGGAGACGCUGAAGUACUUCUGGCUGAUAUUUGCCGACUCGCGUGUUGCGAGCUUGGAUCGCUGGGUGUUUAGCACCGAGGGCCAUUUGUUCAGGAUGAUUCGUUGA